AUGCUAACCCAUGCUGCGCCAAGAUACUAUCCGCACUAUGACGGGAGAUAUAUGCAUGAGCCCCUCGAGCUCGCCGCACAAAACGCAGGCAUCAAAGUUCUAAUGCAGACAUAUCUGGCCACCUUUCGAGAUCUCGGCGUCCAGACAUGGUUGAUGCACGGCUCUCUGCUUGGCUGGUGGUGGGGGAAAAAGGUCAUGCCGUGGGACCUGGAUGCCGAUGUCCAGGUGACCGAGGCGGACAUGUACUUCUUGGCCGCAUAUCACAACAUGACGGUUUAUUACUACCAAUACGAGAACGCACCCGAAGGUCGCUUCUUUCAGCUUGAGAUUAAUCCCUACUUUGAGCACCGUGGUCGGGAUGACGGUCUUAAUGUCAUUGAUGCUCGGUGGAUUGACAUGCAAACUGGGUUGUUUAUUGACAUUACCGCGGCGAGGUAUGAUCCUGGCCAUAUAAGAGGCGAAGGAGUCCUCUACGACAAGCACGAUCACGAGUUCAAGGACAAGUAUGUGUUCCCUUUGCUUGAUACGACAUUCGAAGGCCUCCCUGCCAAGAUCCCCUAUCGAUACAAGGAGAUACUCGCUUCCGAGUAUGGCAAAGCAUCCUUGUCAAAGACAGAGUUUCACGAUCACAGGUUUGAUCCAAAGAAGAUGGAAUGGGUUGCCAUCAACUAG